UAAACCAAUCACCUGGACUGUCUGAGACAGGGGCCAUGUUGAAACUUUUCCUCGAGUCCGUCCGAGCCAGCUUGAGUCUUGUGAGGCAGGCAGCUGACUGAAGACCCGAGAAAAGCCUCCUUUCCCUCCGUGGCCUCCUCCCGUCUGUAAAAGUAUCGAUACAAAGGCUUCUUCCACGUGAACUUGACAAAAUGAACGCGAGCAGCUUUCUGGUCGCGCUGCAGAGAGGAUGCACUCAGACCUUCAGACGACCUCACCUAGUCCUGCCUGCUUCCUGCUCGAGGGUUCAGUACCGCCUAGAGUCCACGGAGGUUGUCGCUGCAGCCCGGAUGCCUUACAGAGUUAAGGUGACUGCUGGGAAACGCUACGCCUGGUGUGCCUGUGGUCAUAGCAAGAAACAGCCUUAUUGUGAUGGAGCUCACAAGGCAAAAGCUCCGAGCAUCGCUCCCCUGCGCUUCACCCCCGACAGCACCAAGAUGGUCAUGCUGUGUGCCUGUAAGGAAACCAAAAACGCACCGUACUGUGACGGAUCACACUUCAAGGUCAUCUUUCGGGAUUUAGUGAAGUCGGUGAAAGGCGUCUUUAAAUGAACAGAAAUCAAGACGCCUGCGCUGGGAAGCUCAGGAGCAAUGACUGUUAACUAACGACUUACCUCCGUCUUUAUCUUGUCUGUGUUAUCAGUGACCUGCAGAUUUAUAAAGCGCAAUAUAUUAUAAGUAUGUAUAUUUUUUUGUAAUCAUUGUUCAUCUACACAUGCAAAGCAUUUUAAUAGAAUUAAAAUGCUUGAAAAAUAAAUGUGUUAAAGCCA